CAAUUUAUGCUUUAUAACCAGUUCCAAUGAGUCUUUAAUGGCUACCUUGAAGAAGAAAUGGCUGCACAAAGUAGAGCUAAAGUGGGUUGGACUUCCAUAGUUUGUUUUAUUAUCAUAUCACUCAAGACCAUUUGUGAUUGUACUGAAGAAGAAUCAAGAGUUUUGGCUUCUGAUGUUGCUUUAAAGCAGGCUAGAAGGAAAUUAGAUGACAUUGGAGGCUCCAUAAGCAUCGAUUGCGGUUUACCGCUAGGUUUCAGCUAUACUGAUGAGAUAACAGAUAUAAUUUACACAUCUGAUGAAGAACUUAUUAACACUGGAGUGAAUAAGUCCAUAUCUUCCAAGUUUAAGUCUGGUAUUCUUCCAAAGACUCUUGAAAACGUUAGAAGUUUUCCCCAGGGAGAGAGAAAUUGUUACACACUAAAACCUCUAGAAGGGAAUGAUACAAUCUACUUGAUAAGAGCUCUCUUUAUGUAUGGGGAUUAUGAUGAUGACGACAAAUUGCCGGAAUUUGAUCUCUAUGUCGGAGUUAAUCGAUGGGAUAAUGUGAGAUUUGAUAAUGCAUCUCAUGUUGUGAUUAAGGAGAUUAUUCAUUUGGCCUUAACGGGUGAAAUUUAUGUUUGUCUCCUCAACAUUGGUAAAGGGACUCCUUUUAUAUCAGCUUUGGAGCUAAGGCAUUUCCAUAAUACCAUUUACAGAACUCAACCAGAAUCGGCUUUAGUUCUAUACAGGCGUCUCGAUGUUGGUUCAACAACCAAUCAAACAGUCAGGUACAAAGAUGAUAGCUAUGAUCGGAUGUGGGUUCCUUACCCGGGUUCUGGAUCUAUCAAUACUUCGUCCACUGUCGAUUCCCUGCUUGAAUCAGAGUAUAGGUUGCCAUCAAAGGUCAUGCAAACUGCUGCUAAGCCAAUGAAUAUUAACGGUUCGUUGGAAUUUGAGUUUGAAACUGGUGAUUCUUCUCUUAAGUUUUAUGUGUACAUGCACUUUGCAGAACUUGAAAUCCUCCAAGUGAAUCAGUACAGAGAAUUCAUUAUAGAGUUAAAUGGUAAUCUGUGGAAGGAAUCUGUUGUUCCUGAGUAUCUUAACUCAACUACUAGAUUCAGCAAAUAUCCUAUGAAAGGAAGCAAACUAAGUUUUUCUCUUAGGAAAACAUCGAAGUCUACCCUUCCUCCCAUUUUAAAUGCAUUAGAAAUUUAUGUUCUAAAAGAUUUCUUACAAGCAUCAACGGACCAAGGAGAUGUUAAUGCAAUCAUGAACAUCAAGUCGAGGUAUCAGGUGGGUGAAGGCUGGCAAGGGGACCCAUGUGAACCAAAAUACUCUUGGGAUGGCCUAACUUGCAGCUACAAUGGUUAUGAUCCCCCCAAAAUCAUCUCUUUGAAUUUAUCAUCGAAAGGAUUGGCAGGCAGGAUAGUUCAUUCACUUUACGAUCUUAAGUCAUUACAGAAGCUGUAAGCAUAAGUACAAUGUGAUUAUUUUCCGGGUAGUUUAUAAGAUAUAUGGAGAAUUGCUAAUUUUUGCAAUACUUUUAUCAAGGGAUAUGUCCAACAAUAGCUUAACCGGAUCACAGCCUGAUUUACUUUCUCAACUACCACACUUAAGAGUUCUGUAAGUGACUAAGAUUUAAUGACAUAAGUUUGUACUCAUUUCAGGCAAAAUGGAAUUGUUUAAUCCUGUAUGUACUUGCAGGAACUUGGAAGGAAACAAACUCUCUGGCUUAGUUCCUAAAUCUCUGUGGGCAAGGUCACAAAAUCAAUCACUCAAAUUAAGGUUCACAUCUUACCUAAACUUAAAAGUUACUUUUAGUUUUGAGGUUAACAAAACCAUUUUAUUUCUAUUUCUCAUUUCUCCAACAUUAAUUUAUCCUCUAAGAAAAGCUGAUUCAAUGAUAGUAUUGAUGGGAAUCUGGAUCUAUGUUUGUUCGCACCAUGCAAAAAGGAGAGAAAUAUUCUAGUGCCACUUGUUGCAGCCAUUGUUUCAGCUCUUGUGAUCAUUUUGAUUGCAUUUCUUAUCCUUUGGA